AUGAAUAAUCUUCAUCAUCCAACAACACGCAGUUCAGGUACAGCAUUAAAUGAAUCAAUGAAAAAAACUCCAUCACCUCGUCGUCAAACGACACGUUCAACGUCUAAUAUAAAUAAAGAUAAUUUAUCUUCCACAAAUAUUCAAGUUAUUAAACCGGUUGCUGUACGUCCACCCUCAUCAGAUUCGACACAAACUUCAUAUAAUUUACGUUCACGUACGAAAUUAAAAACAACAAAUUCAAAUCAUACAACAGAAGUUAUACCAUCAUUUACAGAAAAACUUUCAUUAGACACACCACAACAAAAACCGGUGCCACCAUUAACUCGUGCUGCUGCUGCAUCGGCCGGUGUUAAAAUUGAUUUAUUUAUGUGUGAUGAAUCAAUAAAAACUAGUAGUAAUCAUAAUAAUAAAAUCCCAAUAAAUUCUCAACAAUCAACACGUUCGAGUACAACUCGAAAACGAAAAGCAAGCGAAGAUGAUCAUAGACCUUAUUUAGAUUUACUUAAAAUGAAACAGACUCAAUCAACAUACAGUUUUGAUGGCAAUUCACCGAAAAAGAUGACAAGACGUGCCGAUCAAGACUGUAUUGGAUGCGAUGAUGAAGAUAGCGGAUGCGAUUAUGAUUCUCCAGGUCAUUCUCCGGUCGACUUCACUGAUGUUCCUCCCGGUCAUGUACUUCACUUUGAAGAAUCAAAUAUGUCAUAUGAUUCAGGUUUUAGUACAGGAUCUGGUGAGGCAAAUAAUCAACAACGUUUAUCUGAACAUAGUCAUUCAUCGUAUUCAUUAGAAUUAAAUAACAGUGGAAUUUUAACACGUAGUAGUACAAUAAAUUGUAGCAAAUAUCCUGCAGCUAUUGAUCUUGAUGUUAAUGCUAUUGAAGGAGACCUUGGUUUCUAG